UUAUAUGAGUGCUGUCCUGGCUAUAUGAAGAUGGACGGUACAAGAGGAUGUCCUGCAGUUGCUCCUAUUGAUCAUGUAUAUGGUACGCUUGGUAUUGUGGGAGCUACCUCCACACAGCAGUAUUCUGAUAUAUCAAAGCUGAGACAGGAGAUUGAGGGACGAGGGUCAUUCACUUUCUUUGCACCAAGCAACGAAGCCUGGGAACAAUUAAAUUCAGAAAUUCACAGGAAUUUGAUUGACAAUGUAAAUAUUGAACUGUAUAAUGCUCUCCACCACCACAUGGUAAACAAGCGGAUGCUAACAAAAGAUCUUAAGAAUGGCAUGACUUUGGUGUCUAUGUAUAAUGGCCAGAAAUUGCUUAUUAACCAUUAUCCUAAUGGGGUUGUUACCGUUAACUGUGCCAGGAUCAUCCAUGGCAAUCAGAUUGCUACCAAUGGUGUUGUUCAUGUCAUCGAUCGUGUCCUGACUGCUGUUGGAAAUACCAUUCAAGAUUUCAUUGAAGCUGAGGAUGACCUUUCAUCUUUCAGAGCUGCUGCCAUUACAUCAGAUGUCUUGGAUAUUCUCGGAAGGCCUGGUUAUUAUACACUCUUUGCUCCUACUAAUGAAGCAUUUGUGAAACUUCCAAGGGGAGUCUUAGAAAGGAUCAUGGGUGACAAGGUGUCUUCUGAAGCUCUCGUGAAGUUCCAUAUAUUAAAUACUCUCCAGUGCUCUGAGGCCAUCACAGGUGGAGCUGUCUAUGAAACAUUGGAAGGAAACACUGUUGAAGUUGGUUGUGAUGGUGAAAGUCUGACUGUGAAUGGAGUGAAAAUGGUGAAACGCAAAGAUAUUGUGACAAGCAAUGGCGUUAUCCAUCUCAUUGAUCAAGUGCUAAUUCCUGAUUCUGCCAAGCAAGUCAUUGAGCUUGGGGGUGCCCAGCAGACUACUUUUACUGACCUGGUGGCACAGCUAGGUCUGGCAUCUUAUCUAAGACCAGAAGGCCAAUACACUCUCCUGGCACCUCUAAAUGGUGCUUUCUCAGAUGACACCUUAAGGCUGGAUCAACGUCUUCUUUUAAGAAUCCUGCAGAAUCACAUUAUAAAAGUGAAAGUUGGGCUUAAUGAACUGUACAAUGGACAACAGCUGGAGACAAUUGGAGGAAAACUACUUAGAGUCUUUGUGUAUCGCACAGCUGUAUGUAUUGAAAAUUCGUGCAUGGUCAGAGGAAGUAAAGAAGGAAGGAAUGGUUUUAUUCACAUUUUCAGACAGAUCAUCAAUCCAGCAGAAAAGACUUUGCAUGAAAUGCUGAGAGACGAUAAACGUUUUAGCAUUUUCCUCAGUCUGGUGAAAGCUGCAGAUCUAGAUGAUGUUCUGUCAUGGCCUGGAGAAUGGACUCUGUUUGUUCCAACUAAUGAUGCCUUUAAGGGAUUUACUGACGACGAUAAGGAUAUAUUGAUAAGAGACAAAAAUGCUCUCAGGAAUAUUCUUCUUUACCACUUGACACAAGGGGUUUUCAUUGGAAGUGGCUUUGAGCCUGGUGUGACAAAUAUUCUUAAAACUAUCCAAGGAGGGAAACUCUACUUGAAAACAGUGAAUGAUACUCUUCUAGUUAAUGAACUGAAAUCAAGAGAAUCUGAUCUCAUGGCAACAAAUGGUGUCAUUCAUGUCAUUGACAAACUCCUAUAUCCAGCAGAUCUGCCUGUUGGAAAUCAUCAGUUGCUCACAAUCCUGAAGAAGUUGAUUAAGUACAUUCAAAUUAAGUUUGUUCGUGACAGUACCUUCAAAGAGAUUCCACUGACAUUUUACAACCCGUCUAUCACACAGAUCACUAAAUUAAUUGAAGGGGAGCCUGAGUUCAAAAUAGUCAGGGAAGGGGAGACAAUAACUAAAGUGAUUCAUGGAGACCCAAUUAUUAAAACAUACACCAAAAUCAUUGAUGGACAACCUGUGGAAGUAACAGAAGAAAGAAUUAUUCAAGGUCCUGAAAUAAAAUAUGCCAAAAUUACUGCAGGUGGUUCAGACAAUGAAGAGAAGUUAAAGAAAUUGCUUGAAGAAGAGGUUACCAAGGUGACCAAAUUUAUUGAAGGUGAUGGUCAUUUGCUGGAAGAUGAAGAAAUCAAAAGACUUCUGCAGGGAGCUGGAACUGAGUACACCAAGGUUACUAAAGUAAUUGAGGGAGAGCCACAGAUUAUCGAGAGAGAAAUCAAGAGAGUCCAUCUGGAAGACGCACCUGUACGGAAAGCACAACCAACCAGGAGGGCACAAGGGGGAACAGCAAGAAGAAGGACAAGACUAGCUCAUUCCUAAAGGCUAUUCAAGAUAGAAUCCACAGAAUUACAAAUUAACAACAUGGUCUCUGAGAGGAAGAAGAACUGUG